AUGCGCCAAAUGAAGUUUCUAAAUGCUGCUUUGACUGCGGCGUUGGCUGGUCUUUCACUCCUUGCGCCCACUGCGUAUGGAAGAAGAUAUUUGGAAUGUAAUAGUGGUGAAAUAUUCCCAUUUUCACAAAUUCGAGAAUACGGAAUGGACGCUUCCCUCGAUUUUACGAGAGAAGGCGACCCUGAUCCACCCACUGGAGAAUGGUUCGGGGUAUAUGGAUUUACUAGUCCGGCAAAGGAUGGAAGAAUCAUCGAUUACUUGGUGCAAUCAUUUAGAGAUUACCCAUACUUCACACUCCAUGAAUUUACAGGAACAAAAUGGGAAAAGUGUAUUCUCAAGGGUAGCUACCUAGACGCCACAGAGCCGUUAUGA